AUUUUAACCACACGUGUGUUGAAACGUCCCAUCGUUGCCUGAAUUGAGGCAAUGAAUGCUGCAUACUGACAAUGUAGGAAGGCCGACUUUGCAUGAACCGAUAACUUAUUUUCAGAUUUCUAACUAAUAAAUUAUGUCGUCGAUAAUAUGGGGACAUUUGUCUAUAUUUUCAUGAGGAUCUCGCUGAAAAUAAGUGUUUUUGCCAAAGCAAAGAACUAGAUUCCGCCACCCCCUCGUGGUCCCCGUCCCUCCUCCCAGUCCUGUCUUGGAGGGGCUAGUGACGAGUGGUUUGGUCCUUUUUCGUGUUAGAUUCACAUCAACUAGCAAUGAUGCUUCGACAUUUUAUAAACGUGAGGUAAACUGUUGGCAUAGUUUGCUAACGUCACGUAUCAAUGUAAGAAAAAGAGGGCCACUUUAACGAAUGCGUCAAUCAAACAUUCAUUUAAACCAGUGAGAUUGGAAUUUGAAGACGGAGACCCUCCGACCCUUUCCCCCGAAACUGGAUAUCGGAAUGGUGGCUUGGAGCACCGAUAAUCUGGACACUUCCGGGGAGCCCGCUACCCGCUCCGUGGGCACCACUGCCAACUUGAAGGGGAAGAUGAGCAAGAGGCUGUCUGUUGUGAAAGGUCACUUCCCUAAGCUUGUUGACUGUGCCCACUUCCACUAUGACAAUGUGGAGUUUGGCUCCAUCGAGUUGCAGUUUGCGAAUGAGCAGAGCGAUGCCAGCUGGAACUCGGGCUCUGCCAAAGACCUGGUUUUCCUGGUGCAGGUGUCCUGCCAGGCUAAGACAUGGAUGGUUAGGCGCUCCUAUGAGGAGUUCCGUACUCUGGACGCUCACCUCCACCAGUGUAUCUACGACCGGCGUUACUCCCAGCUGCUGCCCCUGCCACCCCUCAGUGAGAUCGGGGACAGGGUAGAGAUCUUCACCCCGCUGCUGUCGGAGUACCUGAGCCGCCUCUCCAUGAUCGUGGACAACAAGCUCAACUGUGGGCCUGUGCUCACCUGGAUGGAGAUUGACAACCGUGGGAAUCGGUUCCUCCUGAAAGAGGAAGCUUCGCUCAACGUUCCCGCCAUCGCCGCUGCUCAUGUCAUCAAGCGCUACACGGCGCAGGCCAGCGACGAGAUCUCCAUUGAGGUGGGAGACAUCCUGUCUGUAAUUGAUAUGCCACCCAAAGAGGACUCCAACUGGUGGAGGGGGAAGCAUGGCUUCCAGGUGGGAUUCUUCCCCAGUGAGUGUGUGGAGCUCAUCAAUGAGAAGCCUCAGUCCACCGCUAAAAUAGAUGGAGAUCCAGCCAGCUCUAACGCCAGCGCACCAGGACCUCCCUCUCCUACAUCAGUUUCUAAGAAGCACGGCAAGCUGAUGGGAUUCCUGCGCACCUUUAUGAAGUCCCGGCCCACCAAGCAGAAGCUCAAACAGAGAGGCAUUCUUAAGGAGAGGGUGUUCGGCUGCGACCUGGGAGAGCACCUCCUCAACUCAGGACUGGACGUUCCACAGGUUCUGAAGAGCUGCUCAGAGUUCAUAGAGAAGCAUGGUGUGGUGGACGGCAUCUACAGGCACUCUGGAGUCUCCUCCAACAUUCAGAAACUCCGACAUGAGUUUGACAGUGAGAAUGUUCCAGACCUGACCAAGGAUAUGUACAUGCAGGACAUCCACUGUGUGGGGUCCCUGUGUAAGCUCUACUUCAGGGAGCUGCCCAACCCCCUGCUCACCUACCAGCUCUACGACAAGUUUGCUGACUGUAUGGGAGAGAUGACGGACGAUGAGCGCAUGGUGAAAGUACAUGAUGUCAUCCAGCAGCUUCCACCACCGCACUACAGGACCCUGGAGUACCUCGUUAGACACCUGGCUGGUCUGGCCACCUGCAGCGGAGAGACCAACAUGCACAUCAAGAACCUGGCCAUCGUCUGGGCCCCCAACCUGCUCAGAUCUAUGGAGAUCGAGGCGGUGGGUCUGAGUGGUGCUGACCCGUUUAAGGAGGUGCGGAUCCAGUCUGUGGUGGUGGAGUUUCUCCUCAGUCACGUGGACGUGCUCUUCAGUGACUCCUUCACCUCUGUAGGACGCUUCACAGGCACAGGGCGGCACUCUCUGACCAGGCCCAAGUCCUUUGUGUCCACCAGGCUGCUCUCCCUAGAAGAGGCCCAGGCCAGGACACAGGCUCCUCUGCUCCUCCAGGGGGCGCCAGUCCAGUUUCAGGGCCAGUUCCACACCGUGCUGGACCACCCUGUCGACAGGAGGAAGAGAGGGAUGAAGGUACGGAAGGCAGCUGGAGGGAGCUGGAAGACAUUCUUUGCGAUCGGGAAGCCUCUGGGGGCGGGGCGACGUAAACCAAUGAGGAUUAGCUCCCUGUUCCAGCCCGCCACCUCACACGCAGGUUGUCGUGUGGACAGUGUGACCCUGCGUUCAGCUAAGAGUGAGGAAUCCUUAUCGUCCCAGCACAGUGGAGCAGGACAGUCGAUGCGUCUGCGGCGGCCCCGCUCCAGCAGUGACGGUCUGUCUUUGGCUGCCUCCAUGGACCCCCAGCACCUGCCCCAGCGCCCCCCGUCCCGCCUGCCUUCCAGCCGCUCGUAUGACAGCCUGCUGCCUGAGGACCGCCGGCCCAGGGACGAUGGAGACAAUGAGGAGGAUGAAGACGAGGAAGGCAUCUACAUGCUGCCUGACUUCUCCAACCAGGACCCGGCUGCUUCCUGGAUGGCCGAGGACGUCAUUGAUUUCAGCCCCACCUUCCUGGAGGACGGACCAAUCGGCUUGGGCAGCAGCGCAGUGACCGCCGGCGGCAGGGAGUCCCCACCCACUGCCACGCCACCUCCCUACCGCUGCCUCAGCCACCAAGGACACUCUCACUCCAGCAGCCAGCGCUCAAUCACAGAGGACCCCGACUCGGUGCUCAACCAAUCGGAUGCGGCCGUCAGGAGGAGUCUGAUCAUCGCCGCCACAGCCUCGCCCCUUCAGGUGUUCUGUCAACACAGACCGGCCAAUACCAGCCCAUCUGCCGGCCAAUCAGGGCAGGGCGCCAACCUGAGUACCUCACACAGCCAGGGCCAGCCCACUACACCUGUGACCUCUGCUCAGCCCCCACCAGAGAGAAGAUCUUUCACCCGGAAGAUGGUGAAUGCCUUCUCACAAAAAGCCCCCAAGUCCCCUACACUGGACAUCUCUGACCCUGUAUCCAUCAGCGUCCCUGCUAAGGUGUUGGACAUGAUUGGCGGGCGAGCUGGCGAAUUACAGCCUGGCAUCCCGAGCAGCGGCCCCUCCCAGUCGCAGCCUCAGAUGAUCUCCAUGCUGCUGAGGUCAUGUGACUUCCAGCUGACGGAGAGCUGCCAGCAGGAGAUCCGCAGCAAACUGGGCCCCGAGGCCAAGAUCAGAGGACAGGGUGUAACAGAACCCACCGGUCCCCCCCUGCUCUCCCAGCCUCCCCCUCCCCCUCCUAAAAACCCAGCACGCCUCAUGGCCCUGGCCCUGGCUGAGAGUGCCAACAAGGCCCUGAGACAGGGCGCCUCGCCCCCCUACCGCCCCCCUCAGUCCCGGUCCCAGGACGCAGCCGACACCCGCUACCAGAGGUCUCUGUCUGCCGACGCAGGAGAGCUGCUGUCCUCUGACCCCAAUCAGCUCUACUCCACAGUGCGCCCCCUGUCUGUGUGGAUGACCGAGGGAGAGGGAAACGCGACAGAGACUGCAGCAGAUACAGGACACGGCCAGGGAGAGAGGACUCCAGGACAGGAUACAGAGACCCUGUCCUCUGAGACGUCUGACUCUGUGGCGUCCAACUCAGAGCUGUCUGGUGGGAGCGCCUCUGGAGACGACCAGACCCCCAGCCCCAUCUACAAGAACCAGAAGCAGCUGCCCCAGUCACAGCCUCCCAACCCAGGCCAGUCUGGGGAGAGACCUAGCCCCACUGAGUCCCAGCCUCAGAGGAAGCCCCCAGCCUACUCACGCCAGUUCUCUGCCCCUCACCUCCAACAGAAAUCCACCUCAACCUCCACCCAGUCCAAGCUGUCCUCGGCCCACCCCCAGCUCCUGCACUCCAAGUCAGAGUCCCCUCUGACUCAGGUCCAUGCCUUCCAGCCCACCCGCCCCAAAGUACCCCCUAAGCCCCUGGAUCUGGAGCGUCCCCACAGAGCACCACUGGCCCAGACUGAGAUGCGUCGCUCCCUGGACUCAGGGCGCAUCAGGCGGAUCUUUGGUCAGCAGGGGAACCCUCCUCUGGCCAGGGCCUUCUCAGAGCGUCUGAGUGGAGCUCCAGACCACCUCGCCCGCUACCACGCAGCCAGGGCAGCCAGCCAACAAUCCCUGGGUCAGCAGCCCCCUCAGCAGGCCCAGAUCCGGCCCGUGCCCCUCUCCUCCACCUCAGAGGACCAGGGAAAGAUGGAGAACUUCUACUAUGAGAUCGCCGGGCCUGAGAACCUGCAGGGCCCCCCCAGCUACGCCCGCCACAGCUACCAGAACAUGAGGCUAGACCUGGAGGGUAACUUCCGCCCGGCCCCCCACCUAGAGGCCAACAAAAGGCCCAUCUCCCGGGGGCAUCACCAACCCCAGCCUCUCCACCACAACCAGGGUGGACCCAGGGGGGAGAGGGGGCCCCAGCUCUGGUCCAAAGAAGCCACGCGGGCUUGGGCAGCCGCCCACUCCCAGUCCCACUCAUUCUUCCACGGACACUCCCACUCUCACCACCACUCCCAGGACGGUUCCACCCACCACCAUCACCCCUCUCACCACCACCCCCGGCGCCAGACCUCCUCCUCAGUCCGGCUGGCCCGUAGUGAGAUGCACCCCCUCCCCUCCUCCUCCAUAGUUCCCCUGGCGCUCCACCAGCACCAACGCAACCUCCACCGCUCCAACAGGUCAGCCUCCACAGACCUCGCCUCCUCCCAGCUACACCCCUAUUUUGAAAACGGGAAGGUGUGCUAUCGUAAGCCAGAGGAGGCUCCUCUGAGUCUGAGCCAACCUCCCCAGGGCAAGUCUCUCCAGCCAUCCCAGGCCCACAGACCGACCUCCAAGGAUCUGUCUGAGCCCAUCUACGUCAACUUCCCUUUCCCCAGCCCCUCUACUGGGGCCCAAAACACAAAGAGCUGGACCAGCACAGACCUGGAUGGAGACUCUCCACAGGAUUCUGAACCUCUUGCCACGCCAAACGACCCCCCUCCCCCAGAGGACCAGAGACAGUCCUCCCCCCGCCUGGUCCCUGACCAGGGAGGCUCCACCAGCGUUAGGCUCACCCCCUCCACUCCAGACAGCCCAGCCGCCCACAACGACUCGGCCGCAACGACCCCAGGGAGCAUCCAGGGGAGCAACUUCCUCCCAGCUCCCACAGCGUCUACAUCGACAGGGAUCCACUACCGCAGCCACUCAGACCCCCAGAGCUCCAGCUGCAGUACGGAGCCCAUCUCGGGGAAGGAGAUCGCCUCCCUGCUGAUAGAGAAGCUGGCUGAGGAGGAGAGGGCUGAGGGUCCCUCCACAGUCACCUCCUCCUCUGCCUCCACCAGCUCCUCCCCUGCCAUGGAGCACCCUGCCAACCCCUACCCCAGCCAGCAGCACAACCAGCCCCCGCCUGCCUAUAAUGUCUACACCCCGGGCCCCUCACGGAUCAGGGCUCCUCAGAGGGCUGGGGCAGGGGGCUUCCAACGCCAAGACCCGCUCCGGAGGUCCUCGCCCGGGGGUCAGUACAGGCAGGCCUUUGAUGUCAUGCCCUCAGGCGAUCAGGUGCUCAAAUACUACCGGACCCAAGACUUUACCCCUGGGCCCCAGGGAGAGCACCAGAGCUCUGGCGCUAACCCCUACCCCCCUCGGCAGCACUACCAGGAGCCCCCCUACCCCAUCCAGAGCCCCCAGGACCCCUGCUCCUCAGGCUACCCCAGCCAGCCCCUCUUGGAGCCCUCAGACUCCCCGUCUGCAGCCUUCUCCAACCUGACGCUGGGAGCCCCCAGGCCCUACCCCGGCCAGCCAGGAGGCCUCCAGUACAGCCAGUACCCCUUCCAGCCUGGCCCGAUGCUGGGCCAAUACCCCAACACUCCCCCCCGCAGAGAUGUGGUCCACGAGCCUGUGCUGCGGCCGCAGGGUCUGAGGAACCGGAGAGGGCUGGCACGGCAGGGCAGCUUACCUGCACCAUCACCCAACUGGACCAUCCAUACUGAGGGUCAGACGCGCAGCUACUGCUGAGGAGGAGUGCAAAGUAGUCUUUUACACACUGUACCCUAUCAGACUGAAAGUGAAAGAGAGAGAGAGAAGGAGCUAGGAAGAGACCAUGUCAAACUCAUGGUCCACAGAGAAAGGGAACAGGAUGAUAGAAAGCCUUCCUGGAAGUGUGAGACAACCGGUCAUGUUUAGAAAUGGGACCAAGGGCAAGGCAUUCUGGGGUAGCUAGACACAAAGUCCAGUUUCCUGUUUGAACAUUCCCUGGGGCCUAUCACCAUUUCACAACUGCAACCACUGGACCAAGGAGGAAGAAGAUGUCAAAGAGAUGAACCGAAAAGUGGCUUAGAUUUGAAAACAUUCCAGAGCAGACUGUUGUUGAGAAAGAAAGGCGAAUAGCUGCCAGUGUCUUUUCUGGAUCAAAAUGGGCUUAGGUGGUGGGCGUGGCCAAUGGUGCGGUGGCCAAGCAACAAUUUUAGAGGCCCUUCUGUUGGCCACAGUGACAAAAUGUAGCAGUUUUAAAGCACAUUUUCUCCAAUUCAAAAAACUCUAUGGUGGCCCCAUGCCAUGACAAAAACUCCUGAAUGCAUCAUUUUAUGAAUUGUAGAUUCUCCCUGUGUCUAGCUUUUAUUUUAGUGAUGGUUAGUUCUCAAAGAUGAUCUUAUUAAAAAAAUAUGUAGGUC